GUUCCUGCCACGUGACCAGUUAACCCGUCACAGCCGUGCUUUCUUUUCUCAAAAUUACCGAAACUACUGCUUCUCAUAGGGUGUAUUCCUAAAGUAUUUAUCUUAAAACGUUAGAAGGUGGACAAUCAUGUAGAUUCUGGUAGACUAUCAUUUACUUAACAUGCUGGUGUUAAUACAUGAACGCCACUACGACACUGGACAUGUGAACUAAGUUACGGCAAUUAAAGGGUUAGCCAGCAUUUCUAGCCGCACCCUCAUCUACAUCCUGUGCACCGUUAGCUGCCGGAAAGUCUGUGGCUGUGUGCAAAUGAACUUUGCUACAAGGUGCUUCUUUAGCAGUACAAAGGUUGUGUAAACGUUGAAUUGUACUACACUCUUAUGCCCACGAGGACUGUCCAAAGCCAUUUUGUCACGGAGACCGAAGGUUGGGUCGAGAAGCUUGAGUGAUUUCCUCUGAUCUGCACAAUGAACUUCCUUCUGGAGACACUGCAGGUGCUAAUCCUGUCCAUAUACUUAUCCUUGGAAGCUUUUGUUAAACUGUUCAUCCCAGUAAGGAGGAAAUGUGUGGUUGGGGAGAUAGUGUUAAUCACAGGUGCUGGAAGUGGCAUUGGGAGGCUAAUGGCCUUGGAGUUUUCCACCAUGGGUGUCACGCUAGUACUGUGGGACAUCAACCAGGAGGGUAACAAAGAGACGGCUCGUCUAGCCAAGGAAAAGGGUGCCUCUGAAGUUUACACAUACAUGUGUGACUGCAGCAAGAAGACAGAGGUCUACAGAGCCGCUGAUCAGGUCAAAAGGGAAGUUGGUGAUGUUAGUAUACUCAUAAACAAUGCUGGGAUUGUUACUGGCAAGAAAUUCAUGGAUGCACCUGACAGCCUUGUAGAAAAAACAAUGGAAGUCAAUGCAAUGGCCCACUUCUGGACGUACAAAGCAUUCCUUCCAGCAAUGAUGGCAAGCAACCAUGGCCAUCUUGUCAGCAUUGCCAGUUCUGCUGGACUCAUUGGAGUUAAUGGCCUUGCAGAUUAUUGUGCCAGCAAAUUUGCUGCUGUUGGCUUCGCUGAAUCCGUGGCCCUGGAAUUGCUAGCCACAGGGAAGGAUGGGAUUAAAACCACUAUUGUCUGCCCAUUUGUUAUCAACACUGGAAUGUUUGAUGGCUGCAAUACUAAAUGGCCCCGUGUGAUUCCCAUUUUAGAUCCAAACUACGUUGCCAGAAAGAUUGUGGAUGCCAUCCUGACGAACCAAGUGCACCUUCUGCUUCCCAGGAGCAUGUACUUUAUCGCAGGCUUAAAGAACAUUUUGCCAACUAAGCUUGGAGUGGUUCUGGGAGAUUAUCUUGGUGCAUUUCACUUGAUGGAUGACUUUAAAGGACGCACAAAAGUGGAUUAAGUCUGUGAAGUUGUCGAGGGAUACUUCCAUGGAUUCUAUUGAUCUUCUCCAGUAUAUAAAAUAUCAAUUUGAUUAUUUUAUUAUCAUUUUUUAUAAAUCUGGUAUUUUAGAUUUGUCACUUUGAAUUUGAAUGUUAGAAAUUUGCUAAACUAAUUUACUGGUCUGCUUGAUUGUAAUUACCUGUUAUUGAAAUGGUAUGACAUAUGUCAUGUUUUAAAUAUGAAGGAUUUUAGGAUUUUAAAUUGCCUGACUUAACUCUUGUUUGAUAAGAGGAUUUGGUAUAUGCCUGUAUUAAAGCUGAAAGGUUCGUAAAGCUUUCCUGCACUGAUAGAGGUUGUGCAAUGAAAGUUUACUUGGUAAGUUUGACGUUCCCAAAAGAGAAAGCAUUAAGUUCCACAAAGAAGAGUGAUGCUAAAAGUUGAUUGUCCAUAAAUAUAUUUUGGAGUGCUGCUUCACACCUGUGCCCCUUGAGCUCAGUUUGAAAUGCACAAAGCACUUAAAUUGUACAGCCUACAUUUGGUGCUUUUUUCAAAAUCUAUUUCCAAUGACACCUUCACUGACCUUGAUUUAAUUGAACAGUAUAUUGAUGAAAAGCUAUUAAUUCACGAGAACGUUGUUUGAAAAGAGAAAAUAAGAACUGGAUGAAAUUAUUUGAAAUGUUUGAUCAGUUAAAACUAGGUUUGCUCCUCUUAGAUAGUUGAACUUAUGAGAAAUUGAAAGAGGGUGAACUUCUACAAGUGCGUUUGGAGAUCCUGCAUUACUUCCCCGUCAGAAUCGGGACCUCUGUGGGGUAUAAGGACUGUGGUGCGCAUUUAAUUGUUUGAACACACUUUAUCAGUUUUACUGUGGUCCAUAAAUUCUUUAUCUCAUGAAGAAUACCUGCUGCUAAAUGUGCUCCCCGUACAAGAGCGUGCAUUUGUCAGUAAAACCCUGCAGGCCUCUGUCUGGUCUUCACUCAGUUUCAUUUCAAGGUGAUGAAGUCCUUACUUUGUGGUGUUAUAAGUUAAUUCAGUGUGUGUGCGUGUGCGUGUGCAUGCGUGCCUGCGUGACAUGUAUUUCCAUUAAAUGUCAGAGGUGUAGAUAAUAGCUGACCAGUAAGUCAGUACCCUUCAUAUCCAAUUCCAAUAUACUGCAUGUCUACUUCUAUGUACCCUGUCAGAAAGCAUAGAGACAAUAUCAGAAAAGCAGCAUUUCCUGUUGCAAAGUUAUUGUAGUGUAGUCAAAUCUACAUAUUGGUUAAUGUGCAAGACUAACAGGUAAUCUUUUCUAUGCAACAGUAACAUGAGAAACCUCCCAGGAUUUGGAAUUCCAUCUGGAAAUUGUACCUGGAAUUAAUGAAGUUUUGAUUUGUUUGGAUACUGAAACCUGAAGGAACAUACUAUUAAUUUUAAUGUUGUCUGGCACAUUUGUUAUAUUCAUUGUUGACUCACUAUUGUAUAAUCAUUGGUAAGAAUCCCAGCACAGGAAGUUUUAACGCGUAAGCAUUUAUGCUCGCAUGAAGU